CUGGAUCAUAAGACCAAUGAGCUGGUGGCUAUUAAAGUUGUUCAUCCAAAAAAUGUUAUCCAGACAGAGAUGGAUAUUCUGGAAUUCUUGUGGGAGAAAGACAGAGACGACUCUCAUAACAUUGUCCACAUGAAGGAAUAUUUUUCCUUCCGUAACCAGCUCUGCAUCGUCUUUGAACUUCUGGGGCAAACCCUAAGGGAGGUCGUGAAUGAGCAUGAGCGCUUGAGUAUAGAUCAGGUAUGGAAAAUUGCUUGUGAAGUGCUCAAGUGCCUGAGUCUGCUCGAGAAAGAGAAGAUCGUCCAUGCCGAUCUGAAACCUGAGAACAUCGCGAUGUCACUGCAAAAGCCAGAUGGCAUCAAAGUCAUUGAUUUUGGAUUUAGCUGUUUCGAACGUUUGCAAGAGUUCCCACGGGUAGGAACUCGCAUCUACCGCGCUCCAGAGGUCAUGGUGCGCAAACGUUACACCACCGCAAUUGACAUGUGGAGUCUGGGCUGCACCUUGGUUAAGCUUUACACUGGCGAGCAUCCUUUUAACGGAGAGAGAGAGGUGGAUAUUAUGUCCCGCAUGAUGGAGGUGCUUGGAAAGCCUCCAUCUGAAUACAUCUCUUCAAGGAAAGAAUUGUUCUUCGACUCUAAAGGACGACGUAUUAGGAUACUAGAACACGAUGGACAAAUAAGAGGAAUCGGUUCCAAAAAUCUGCCCAGUGUUUUGAACACUGAUGACAAGUUGUUCCUGGACUUUAUCAAGCGCUGCUUAGUCUGGGACCCAAGUAAGCGCCUUACUGCACAGGAGGCUUUGAAGCACAAGUGGACUAAGGAGGGGCCAAAGGCAAAAACAAAGCAGCAAAUGAAAUGGCAUCACACAUGACCACUGGACUUGACGUUUUACGCACCAAGUUAACGACAGGAUGGAUGGAUGCAUCCCACAUCAAAUAGUGCUUUGGAGCCCUGUUGGAUUUAAAAGGAUUAUCACGAGUCAAUCCAGGAUACAGACUCGUCCACAUAAUGAGAGGAUGAAUCCAGUGGAUAAGACGAAAUCAAACCAGAGAUUGGUUCACACUACACUUUUAAUCAAAGAUGUAGCUAUGAAUUGAACACUGGGGGGACCCAAUAUACUGGGAUUAUUGGACGGGGGCAUUCUAAAACAUUCCUGAAACAAAGUCUGUAAGACCUGAAAAGACCAGCCAGGACGUGGACAAAGCAACCAAAAAGAGACGUGGAUUAGUGGUACCGACAAGUCCAGAAUGUUUGUUCUGAGCUGAGGUUUUCCAGCCUGUUUGACCAUCAGUAAAGAAGAAGAACCAUCAACAAAUGCUGCAGGAUUAAUCACCUGCAGAAAGGAUCAUCAAACACAUCACAGAAUCAACAAACUGCUGCUUGCUCUGACUGUCAAAAUGUAGUGUGAAAUACCUGUUUAAAUAAUAAAAACUUUUUAUAUUA